AUGGCGGUUCAUCCUGCAUUAUCCUUAAAUGUUAUCGUUAUUUGCCUGUUAUCGCCUGUUUUGGCUGGACUGUUCGACGAAUACAGCUGUUCUUCACGAUCGGAAGUGUGUAUGCUGAAAGACGUAGUUUUGGAGAGUGACCGCGAUGUUGAGCUGUCCACCUUUCGUGACAUUCGUGACCCGCUUGUUAUUGAAUCGGGAGCAAUUCCAAAGUUUUCCCAAGCAUUGUACAGGAAACUACCUUCCGUUGUAGAUCUAACGGUCGAUAGACUUGGAAUAGUGCAAUUGUUCAUUCGUCCUGGUCUUAUGCACCUUUCAGCCGUGGGCAAUGCCAUAGAAAAGGUACUCCUGGAAGAUACGGAAAAAAGUGUCCAAGAAGAGUAUAGUAUGCUCGUGCUACGUCUGUCUCAGAACAAGUUGACGGAGCUUCCGCCACUGGAACGCUUCGUACGAUUAAUGCAUCUAGCUUUGGAUGCAAAUCAACUUUCAUCGGUCGAUAUGUCUGCGUUUGCUAAGUUAACAAAUCUUCGAAUACUAUCGCUAGCACACAAUCGACUUCUAACGGUGACAUCGUCGUCCGAAUCACCGCUCCAGUUAAUCAAGCUACGACGGCUCUCGUUCGCGGAGAAUCAACUUCCUAUGUUAAACGUCAGUUACUGGGAGUUUGAUUCGUUGGAGAAUCUGAACGUAACCGGCAAUAGUAUGACACGGAUCGAAGGCAGUUUAACGCAGUUUCCAGUUCUUAAGCGGCUGGCACUCGCACGCAAUCAGUGGUACUGCGAGUGGCUUAUGCUGCAGUACACCUACCUAGAAACACCAUCCGGAUUGCAACUCGAUGCAGAUGAACCGGACAGAUGUCGGCACGAAAACAUGAUGACCUCGCAACACCACUGUUGCAAUCCUGCUGGUGCCGAAGAUUCCGGAUUGAUCGAUUUGUUUGGGGAUAAAUGGGACGAGCUGAAACGGCUUUCCCAGUUACUCGACAAGCUCAAUACAACGAUUGCAAAUGGAUCCGCCUCAGUGAACCGUGUGCUCGACCUACAGCACGCAGCACUAUCGAGGCGCGUAGAAAAACUCACGGAAACACAGGACAAGCAGACUGCACAGCUGGUGGAGCUUAAAAGUGGAAUAGAAUACCAGAAGGAUAAGCUCAGCAGGCUGGAAACAGACCUAAAGGACAAGGUGGAUCGGUUGAGUGAAGAGGUAAACGCUCGCUGGAACUCGACAGAUGCUGCAUAUGAUGAUCUAUUUAAUGCUACCACAGCAACGACAAAGACCACAACGAACUGGCCAGUAAUAGCCUCACAAAAUGAGAAAAAUCUAAGUCAACUACGUCAGCUGCUUGUAACGACAAGCAAACAAUUCAAUACAUAUUCCAACAAGUCAUACGAACAAGAUGCCUUGCUUAAGGCACAGUUCGAAAGAAUAAGCACCGUGCAGCAAGAGCUAGAUGAAGUGCGCGGGAAUGAAAAACAGGUGGAACUGGCAUUGGAAAAAUUAGAACCUCAGACUAAGCUUAUUCUAGAUUACUUGACAGUUAUUCGGAAAGGUUGUAUUGAUGAAGAGCAGGAUCACGAAGAAGAUUUCAAAUAAAAUAUUUUAACUUUUUUAUAUUUAUUCAUCCUACGGCAAACAUGUACUGUGCGUUUACUAGUAAGAA